AUGUACGCUCACACACAAACUCUCCACGGGGGAGUUAGUUUGACGAUAACAAAGAUAAGAGAAAAGUAUUGGAUACCACGUCUCAGAAGACUAACAAAGCAAGUGAUAAGAAAGUGUCAUGGCUGCAAAAGAUUUCAAGUCAUUGCACUAGCAAACCCGCCGACAGGAAACCUGCCUAAGGAGAGAACAGAAGGAUCAAUGCCCUUCAAGUUCAUUGGGGUUGACUUCGCUGGUCCUGUCAAGUACUUUAGCAAGAACAGGAAAGAAAUGAAAGCUUACAUCGUUCUGUAUGCAUGCAGCCUUACCCGAGCCGUGUACCUGGAGCUGUUACCAGAUCAGACCACACAAGAGUUCCUACGCAGUUUAAAGCGUUUCAUAGCAAGACGUGGACGCCCGGAAAAAAUCUUCUCUGACAAUGGGAAGACCUUCGUUGCAACGUCAAAAUGGUUGGAGAAGAUCCGACAAGAUGAAAAGAUAAACGACUGGCUAGCUAAACAAAGGAUCACAUGGUAA